AUGACGCAGAUCGUGACCGGGUCCGACGCCAACUCCCUGUACAACCUCUUGUGCGUAGACUUGAUCAGGGACUACGUCAUGGACACCGUCGCGCCCGUAGACGUGGUCAACUUCAUGAUCGGGACCGGGAUCAGGUUCACGAGCCAGGACAUGAAGAGGUACGCGUCGCUGGUCAAGUACAUCAUCCCGAACAGGCGCUGGUUGAAGUCCAAGAUCAGGGACGGGUACGAGUUCAUCCUCGUGUCCAAGAACCUCACCGCGUUCAUCAACACGAACGGGUACGACCUCAGGAGGAGGAUCUCGUUCAGCUCUCGGGGCCCAUCGCCUUGCAGGAUAAACUCGGAUGUGGUCUUGAUUGCGAUGAAGGACAGCAACUUCGUGAGGUGCACGAACGACUUCAUGGACGGGUCUGGAGCCGAGGUCUUGGACACACCCACGCACUGGCCUUCGACCAUGAAGUUUGGCGGGAUCGAGGCCAACGUCAUGACCGUGACCAUGGACCAGCUGAGAGUCGCGUUGUGGUGCGUAGACGAGGACAAGCCCGUGGACAUGCCCUUGAUCAUGGACGCGAACAUGAUCAUCUCGUCGAAGCUGAACGCGAAGGUACACAUGACCAAGGUCCAGUACAUGUACCUGAACACGGACGAGAACAACCUCAUCCACACGAGCUUGUGCAGGGUGAGGUCCGAAAGCGAGGUCAUGACCACAGCCAAGACGCAGUGCGUGCUCGCGACCCCGGGUCUCGGCGAGGACUCCGCUGCGUACAGGGCCCACGUCCUGAUCAAGUAG